AUGGUUCUUGACCGUCUUCAGCAGUUGACCCUCCAGGUCAACGCCUCCUCUCCUCCCCCUCACCCCUUCGAUCCCCUUUCCACCGCGGAGAUUGACUCCGCCGUUGCCAUUGUCCGCAAAGAACAUGGCCAGCUUAACUUUAACGCAGUCAGCUUGUACGAGCCCAGAAAGGCCGAGAUGAUGGCAUGGCUGUCAGAUCCUGAAAACACACUGCGUCCCAUGCGCGGGGCGGAGAUUGUCGCCAUUGCCCCCGGUGGCAAGGUUUAUGACGGAAUUGUUGAUCUAGGCCAGAGCAAGAUCGUCCAGUGGCAGCAUACUCCGGGGGUGCAGCCUAUUAUUACGAUGGAGGAUUUGCAGGAGGUGGAAUAUAUUGUUCGUCAGGAUCCGAGGGUGAUUGAGCAGUGUGGGAUUGUUGGGAUUCCGAAGGAGGAUAUGCACAAGGUGUAUUGUGAUCCUUGGACGAUUGGAUAUGAUGAGCGGUUUGGAACGGAUGUUCGUCUGCAGCAGGCGCUGAUGUACUAUCGACCGCAUAUCGACGAUUCCCAGUACACGUAUCCGUUGGACUUCUGUCCUAUUUUCAACGCGGAGACGAAGAAAAUCAUUCAUAUCGAUGUUCCUCCCGUUCGAAGACAGCUCAGCAAGGCAGCGCCAAACAACUACCAUCCCGAGGCAAUUGAGAAGGAGCGCGGCUUCCGGACAGACAUAAAGCCCAUUCAUAUCACCCAGCCGGAUGGCGUGUCAUUCAAUGUCAACGGACGUCACAUUAACUGGCAAAAUUGGAAUAUCCAUGUUGGAUUCAACUACCGUGAAGGUAUCGUCCUCAACAACAUCACAUUCAAUGACAAGGGAAAUGUCCGUCCGGUGUUCUACCGUUUGUCGUUGGCGGAGAUGGUUGUGCCAUAUGGAAACCCUGAGCACCCGCACCAGCGUAAACACGCUUUCGAUCUGGGAGAGUACGGUGGUGGAUACAUGACCAACAGUCUGUCGUUGGGCUGCGACUGCAAGGGGGCUAUUCACUAUAUGGAUGCUGCGUUUGUCAACCGAGCCGGAGCGAGCACUAUUGUCAAGAACGCCAUUUGCAUCCACGAGGAAGAUGCCGGUAUUCUGUUCAAACACACCGACUUCCGCGAUGAGUCUAUGGUCGUCACCCGAGGACGGAAGCUGAUCAUCUCGCAUAUUUUCACCGCCGCCAACUACGAGUACUGUGUUUACUGGGUUUUCCACCAGGACGGUACCGUCCAGCUCGACAUCAAAUUGACCGGUAUUCUCAACACAUACGCCAUGAACCCUGGUGAAGAUACCCAUGGCUGGGGAACAGAAGUGUACCCCGGUGUCAACGCGCACAACCACCAGCACCUGUUCUGUCUGCGGGUGGAUCCUAACAUCGACGGACCCAGCAACACGGUAUUCCAGGUUGAUGCGACGCGCGGAGCGGGAGAAGUUGGCAGCGCGGAGAACAAGUACGGCAAUGCGUUUUACGCCAAAAAGACCAAGUUCACGACGCCUGCCGAGGCCAUGUCGGACUACAACGGCGACACGGGACGAACGUGGGAAAUGGCCAACACCAACAAGCUCAACCCGUACAGCAAGAAGCCUGUGUGCUACAAGUUGGUCAGUCGCGAGGUGCCACCUCUGAUGCCCAAGGAGGGUGGACUUGUUUGGAAGCGCGCUGGAUUUGCCCGACAUGCUGUCCACGUUACCAAAUACUCCGACGAUCAAAUCCACCCUGCCGGUCGUCACGUCCCACAAACCUCUGGCGAACCAUCUCAAGGACUACCCGCCUGGAUUGAAGAAGCCGGACCCAACUCCUCCAUCGACAACACUGACGUCGUCCUCUGGCACACAUUCGGGCUCACGCACUUCCCCUCUCCAGAGGACUACCCCAUUAUGCCAGCAGAACCAAUGACAGUUCUCCUUCGCCCGCGCAACUUUUUCACCCGUAACCCGGCGUUGGACGUGCCGCCUAGCUUUGCCCGGACACCGUCACAGGUGGCAGCCGGUGGAUCAGCAUGUGCCUGCAAGAAGAAUGAUGGGUCUAGUGUGUUGGUUUGA